GACGUGUCAAACUAUCGCCAUUUUCCUGUAAAGAAGGAAACGCCUUAAGGGAAGAAAACGAAUCGAGCAAGUGAGUUUGGGAAGUUUAAUACCGUUUCUGUCCUAGAGUGGUUUUCCCAUCACCAGAAGCCAUGGGGAAUAUGUUUGCAGGGCUCUUUAAAAUGUUUGGGAAGAAGGAGAUGAGGAUACUUAUGGUUGGCUUGGAUGCUGCUGGAAAGACAACAAUUUUGUACAAGCUCAAACUUGGAGAGAUUGUGACAACUAUUCCAACAAUAGGUUUCAAUGUAGAGACAGUUGAGUAUAAGAACAUCAGUUUCACAGUGUGGGAUGUUGGUGGUCAAGAUAAGAUCCGUCCAUUAUGGCGCCAUUAUUUUCAGAACACACAGGGUCUGAUUUUUGUGGUGGAUAGCAAUGACAGAGAGCGAUGUGCUGAGGCUCGGGAAGAGCUCUUGAGGAUGCUGGCAGAAGAUGAACUGCGUGAUGCUGUGCUUUUAGUCUUUGCUAACAAACAGGACCUCCCAAAUGCGAUGAAUGCUGCCGAGUUGACAGACAAGCUGAACCUUCACUCCCUGCGUAACAGAAACUGGUACAUCCAGGCAACCUGUGCCACAACUGGGGACGGUCUCUAUGAAGGACUUGAUUGGCUGUCUAAUCAACUCAAGAACCAUUAAAGGCUAGAGCAUUUUCCAUCCAACCCUUCAUGUUUUCUCUUUUCACCUAAAUAAGACUGAGUCAUCCUUAUACUGGAAACCAUCCCCUGCUAAGCUUUGAUCUCUUAUGCACAGGCCAGUGGUAGGGCUGUUCUAAUCUUGUAAAACUUAUCUCAGUACAUUUUUCUUAUUUUAUGUAAAUGUAAAUAAUCUUGGUAAUAGGGAUCUUAUUGCACUCUUCGACUAUUCUUGGCUGUUGGGUGGCUUUUACUUUGAAAAAGAAAGAGAGGGAAGACAUUUUACUAGAUCGAUUUGGCCCCAUAAACUCAACACAAUCAAAUGACCCUAGUGAUGUACUGUAAGAGGGAUAAUGAGAGGGUUGUUUUGGGGGGUGGGGUGGUGAAUAAACUGAAUUAUACUGAUGCACUACUUGAAUCUGCUGCAGUAAUAUCAAAGAAAUCCUGAAUUAAAAAUGUAGAACACUGGCAUUAAUUAUUUGUACUGACAUCUCUCGUCUGUGAACACUCACCAGCCUUUUGUAUAAACUGAAAUACUGCAAUGGUGGCACACUAUAAUCGUGUCAGGAGAGCACUGGAUGGGUUUUGCUUCUUUUUUUUCUAUUCAAAAGUCUCAGGUUAAUCAUAGGUAGCUUUUGGUGUACUUGCCAAGUCGUUCUGAGCAAGCAUGUCUACUGGGUGUUAACACCAUUACCCAUAGGUGAAACAGCUAACUGAGUACUUAUUCCCCUAAUUUUAUAAUCAUUUCAUUGUGAGAGUACUGUGUGAAAUAUACUGAGCUGUUUGGUGCCAUAGGGUAAGGUUCUAGGCAGCUGAUAUGCAUGCUUUGCUCCAUGUGGGGGAAAUAGCAUUUUGAAAGCAAUACCAAAAUCCGUUGCAUCAAA